AUGAAGUUUGAGCGCAUGCCCAUUGAGAUUGAGUCGCCCGAGGAGUACGGCUACGACAAGAUCAAGUACAAUCUCUCCGAAAGCUCCGUUACCGACCAGACACUGGAGUCACUGGACAUCAAGAUCCCGAAUCUUACCCUCCUAUACAACGAACACCGAGGCGAGACAAAGCUGCAAAAGCUUAUCGCUGAUGACGCCGGCGUGAAUGCCGAUGACGUUCUCAUCACCUCUGGAGCUGCUGGGGCUCUUUUCAUCAUCACGACCUCACAAUUGGGUAGCACCCCUGACUCCGAGCGUAAACACCUUGUCGUGGUGCGUCCCAACUACGCGACUAAUCUGGAGACCCCCAAGGCUGUUGGUUGCGAGAUCUCAUACAUUGAUGUUACGUUUGAGAAUGGCUUCCAGCCCGACAUUGAUCAAAUUGAGGCUGCUAUCAAGCCCAACACUCGGCUUGUCUCGGUGACAUGCCCUCAUAAUCCUACCGGCUCCACACUGUCUCGAGAGGCACUCGACAGGCUUGUGGCUAUCACGAAGAAGAAAGGUGUUUUGUUGCUUGUCGAUGAGACAUAUCGAGAUAUCGCUUUUGCUGAGAAGCUACCAGUCGCUGCGUCUUUGGGCGAUCAUGUUCUCAGCGUCUGCUCACUUUCAAAAUCCUUCGGCAUGCCUGGAGUCCGUAUCGGCUGGCUCAUUACCACCAACAAGACACUACAGGAAACCUUCCUAGCUGCAAAGGAACAGAUCAGCAUCAGCGGUAGCGUCAUCAACGAGUGGAUUGCAAUCGAUGUCUUAUCCCGACGAGAGAAGAUCUUGAGCGACACAACGAAUGAGAUGAGGGUUCGACUCCAGAUGGUCGAGUCUUGGAUUGAAAGGGAGGAGCUGCUUGAAUGGGUUAAGCCGACUGGCGGUGUCGUCUGCUUUCCCCAUAUCAAGCAGGAGCCCAAGGGAGGCUUUGCGGCGUUCUAUGAGAGGCUUAUGAACAAGCAUGCGACAUAUGUUGGGCCUGGUCAUUGGUUUGAACUGUCCGAUAGCUUUUUCAGGCUUGGCUAUGGAUGGCCUACUCGGGAGGAGCUUGAAGGAGGCAUGAAGGCCAUCUCGGCAGCGCUGCGAGAUGAGUAG